AUGCGCUUCUAUCUUGCUCGAACUGGCACCAUUACUAUCGACGGUAGUGAUAUUCUAGACCUGGACAGCACAUGGCUCAGAAACAACAUUACAUUGGUUCAGCAGCAGAGCAUACUCUUCAAUGAGACAAUAUUCACCAAUGUUGCGCUUGGUAGCCAAGAGCCUGGCCGAGUCACCGUCUCACAAGUUGAUAUAUGCUUACAUCUGGCAUCUCUUGAUGGUAUGAUAGCAAGCCUUCCCAACGGCCUUGGAACGAUGGUCGGAUCUAGAGGUUCCGAGCUCUCUGGCGGGCAAAGGCAGCGUGUUGCUAUCGCGCGUGCCAGACUUAGAGACACUCCAGUCUUGAUCCUCGAUGAAGCGACAAGCGCUCUUGAUGCCCCUAACAGAAAUGCUGUGAUGGAAUCAAUUCGUCGCUGGCGAAAGGGAAGGACAACAAUCAUCAUCACUCAUGACUUGGCCCAGAUUCGUGAAAAAGACCUAGUAUACAUGAUGGAUGCAGGCCGAAUUGUCUGUCGCGGGAGUCUUAGCACGAUUAGACAUGCCCAACAUACACUACAUGCGGACGGACCUGGCCUGCACACACAACCAUAUCCACACAGAGGCAAGGUGGCCAAAGUGACGGCAAGUAUUCUUCCCAGAGGUUUGGGUCCUUCAAAUUUAUCAUCGCGUGCACCAGCUUCAGCAGAGGCGGAUUCACGACACGCAGUCCGUCAAUCAGGCCGCAGUGGAGGCAGAAUUUCUAUGGUGUUAUCACUACGUAGUGAUCCAGCAUUUCAAAGACUGAAACGGCAGUCCCUAAGUCGUGCUCGAGCUAUGUACUCCGCAGAAAGAGCACGAGAACUAGUCGACAAAGCACCUGGUCUUCCCAGCCCGGUUGCAGGCGACCACAAAGUCACAGACUUAUCGAGCCCUUAUGGAUCUAAUGGGUCUUGCAAUGGCACGUUGCGGGUUGUUGGCUCUGCGAUUGAGCUCCAAAAUGUGGCUCGGAAAGAGGAUGGUGGAACUGUCUCAGAAACUAUUCACGAUGACAAGUCUGUCCAAGACUCAACGCAAACGAUUCUGCAAAUGGUAUGGCCAAUCUUGGACACAACUCACCAGGUUAAAAUUGUUAUCGGCCUCGCAGCAGCGCUUAUCCAUGCAGGAUGCACACCUGCAUUCUCGUACGCCAUCAUUCAACUGUUUGGGACGUUCGGCAUUUAUUCUGGUUACCACACAAAAGUGCUGACUUACUCACUCGCCAUUGUUGGUGUGGCAGUAAUUGACGGCAUUGCCUGUGCCUCUAUGCAGUAUCUCUUAGGCUCGGUAAGUCAGGCAUGGGUCGAUACACUUCGAGAGAUGGCAGUGAAGCGCAUUUUGCAACAGCCAAAGGGCUGGUUCGACGAAGAAACCAAUAAAUCUUCCAUUAUAGUGUCGUCGCUUGACCGUCAUGCUGAAGGAGCAAGGGUUCUUGUGGACCAUUUCGCUCCCCAAGUCCUUGUUGUCAGUGUCAUGAUGGCAGUAACGCUUGCCUGGUCUUUGAAUACAUGUUGGAAAUUGGCUCUUGUGAGUCUCGCAGGCAUACCAUUCAUCUAUGCCGUUGUGAAGCUUCUCGAUGUGAUCUCGUCACGGUGGUCCUCUCGAACAAACUCAGCAGUAGAAAAACUCUUGGACGUCUUCAUCGAGAGUUUCUCAGACAUCAGGACGGUUAGGGCAUUGACACUUGAGUCGUUCUUUCAUCAGAAGUAUUCUCAGACCCUUCAGGUGGCAUUUGAGAUUGGCACUCGUCGCGCGAUCUUCACCGGCUUUUGUUAUGGUCUAUCAGAAUCAGUCAUUACUCUCUUCACACCAAUGAUCUUUUGGUAUGGAGUGCAUCUGGCCAAAACCAGAGAAUGGUCCGCGAUGGAUAUUCUUACAGUGUUUUCUCUCCUCUUGUUCACUACUGCCAGCGCCAGCGCCAUCAUGGCAUAUGUUCCACGCGCCAGCUCAGCUACGGAAUAUGCCACUCAACUGCUCGAACUCAGCAGAAUGCCAGUCCAUUCCCACGAGAAUGCUGGGCAGUUAAGGCUGGACAGGAGCAAGUUGAAUAGAUCUGGUGUGGCCAUACAGUUUACAAAUCAGACCUUCUUCUAUCCUACCCACUCGGAGACCUCUGCCCUCCGGCAUUUGAAUCUUAUAAUCCCUCGGGGGAAAUGUACCGUAAUAGUUGGAUCGUCCGGAUCUGGCAAAUCGACAAUCACGUCCUUGAUUCUGGGCUUGUAUCCUCCGGCAGCAAAAGAAGCAGCCACAACACUCGCAGGGGACACGCAUGAUUCAGUCUCAUUGAGGCUGUUUGGGUGUGAUAUCCGAACGCUGGAAAUAUCAACGCUUCGAUCCCUGGUGGCCAUGGUUCCACAGACACCAUUCCUUCUCCCAACCACAGUUCGUGAAAAUAUCAUCUAUGGUCUGGGUCCGGGCUCUAGCCUCGCAUCAGCAACUUGUAUUGAGUCUGCGGCAAGAUCGGCUGGGAUCCAUGAGUUCAUUCAAUCUCUACCACAAGGCUACGCCACUAUUAUCGGCGAAGCGGGACUGGGUGUCUCGGGAGGCCAGGCUCAGCGAAUAGUGAUUGCUAGAGCGUUGGUCCGCGAUCCCAAGAUACUCAUUUUGGACGAAGCGACAAGUGCCUUAGAUCGUGAAAGCGCCGACACUGUUAGAACGAGCAUUAUGGGUCUAGUCCGAAGGAAGCAAAGCACAAUGACUGUAAUAGUUAUAACCCAUGCGAGGGAAAUGAUGACCUUUGCGGACCAGGUAGUGGUCAUGGAGAACGGAACGGCGGUCGAAGAAGGUCCCUACAGAGACUUGAUCCGCAAGAAGGGAAAGCUCUGGGACAUGCUUCAAGUCGAUCAGCUUCAAGUCGAUCAGCAGCUGGAGAGAGCGUUACGGCAUUCGUAA